GGUGAGCUCUGUGCCCGGCGGCGCGCGCCCUGUGCGGGCUGGCGACCACGCUGACGUCCCUGUGUCUGUGCAGAGGUCAAGUUCUGGACGGAGCGGCGGCUGAACCUGGAGGGCAUUUACAACCAGCUGCGGGACCCGCGCGUCAAGAGGAUGGGGGAGAUCCUAGAACUGACCGAGUCGGCGUACUUCCCUUGCUUCAAGACCCUUUUUCGGAACGUCGUGGCAGCACUAACGGAGGUUCGCGACAUAUGCGUGUACAUCAAGCCGGUGGAGGAGCUGAUGGAGCAUAUCGGCACCUUGGAAUUCCCCGACGUGGCGGAGAUGCUCCCGGCCGUCAUGCACACCGUUUGCUUGCUUUGGGGAAACUCGCGCUACUAUUGUACCUCACCCAGGAUCAUACUUCUCAUCAAGGAGAUCAGCAACCAGCUCAUCCGACAGUCUUCUGAUUGUUUGGAUCCGAGUUCACUGUUCCAAGGAGAACUCGAUGAAGCCCAAGAACGGGUCACUAUGUGCAUCGAGACGCUUCAGAACUUCAAGGAAGUAUUUGAAGAAUCGCGGGGAAAUCUUGGCUCAGGAUAUUUUAAGAAUAGUGAGCCUGUUAUGUGGAAUUUUAAGUCAAAAAUAGUUUUCGAGCGCCUCAACCAAUACAUAGAGAGGCUAGAAAAAGUUCAGACUGUCUUUGAUGCCGGUGUAGAAUAUUCAAAGUUGGAGAAAGUGGAGAUUGGGGGUUUGAAAGGACGCAUUCUUGGUCAAAAAGUAGAAGAGCUCUUUGAGGAGUUCAAAAACAUAUUUAGUGGGUUCACAAAAAUAGAGUAUGAUCCCUUGAAUCCUGACGACCGGUCCUUUGAAAAGGAUGAGGUUGUAUUCAAGGAUAACAUGAAAGACUUGGAGGGGCGAUUGGCAGCCAUAAUUACUCAAGCUUUUGAUGACUGUGCCAAUUUCGAAAGCUUGUCGAAGCUUAUUCAGGUAGCGGGCUCUCUUAUGGACCGAUCCAUAGCCAAAGAAGACAUGAAAGAGCGCAUGCCACGCGUCCUGGAGGUGUACAGUAAAGACCUGGACGUGGUCAAAGUGAUAUUUGAUGAGUACCGCGAAGCAAAGGAAGAGAAUGGGUUCUACGACGUGGACUGCUACUUUCCUCCCACCGCGGGGGCAAUGACCUUCGUGCACAAGUUACGCUGCCGCAUCCAAGCGCCCAUGGAAUUCUUCAGCGAAUGGGAAAAUCCGAUCGUGGAGACGCCCGACAUGGAGCACGUGCGUCACAAGUACGACGAGAUGAAGGAGAAGUUGGACGGGUUGUGGGACUCGCUGUACUCGGAAUGGGCCGCCCGCGUCCCGAACGAGGUGAACACAAACCUGGCCAAAACCCUGCUCACCCGUCACGAGGACAACACCAUCAGCACUAACUUCGCUCCCGAGCUCGUCGCCGCCCUCCGCGAGUGCCGCUACCUGCAGUUCCUGGACCUCCUGGACAACGUUCCCGCUCCGGCCAAGGAGCUGUUUGAUCGCUCCGAGGAGCUGCACCUCUGGGUUACGACUCUCAAUCGCAUCGUGGAAUGGUACAACGAGAUCCUCAAGCGCUGCAUCCCCGUGGAGUUCGACCUCAUCAGGGAGGAGAUGAACGGCAUCGACAACUACAUCCAGGAGGUGCAAGACAAGCUGAACUGGAAGUCAGACGGGGUGUGGCCGUACGUGGAGAACAUCCGCGACCUGACCCGGGCGCUGCACGGCCGCGUGGUGCAGGCGCAGGCGAACGUGGAGCACAUCACGGGGCUGCUCGACAACUUCGCGCACAUCCCGCUGUUCGAGCGGGACGAGAAGGCCGGCCUGCUCGCCCUCGCCGACCGCACCACCCGGGUCAACAAGAGGUUCACCGAGGUGCGCGCCGCGGCCGAUCAGAUCCACCUCAAGAUGGACGAAAACUACAAGCUGUUCCACAACGUGCCGCUGGAGGAGCCUGAGCCCGAGGCCCCGCCGCGCAAGAAGCGACUCAAGAAGCGCUUCGACGACGACGGCAACGAGAUCCCGUGGGACGAGGGCGAGGAGGAGUGGGAGAGCUACGACGAGGACGAGGAGGGAGAGGAGGAGCACGUCGAGGAGGAGGAGGAAGAAGAGUCGUCCUCGGAGGAGAGCUCCGAGUCCUCGGAAGAGCUGUGGAGUUCGGACAGCGAGAUGGGCGGGCGCAAGGCGGUGAAGGAGCAGGCCGUCGAGGGCUGGGACUUCGACACGUGGGCCGAGGACGGCGACGGACAGGCCGAGGACGGCGGCGGCCAGGAGCCCCCGCAUGCGCUGGCGCAGACCUCGACCGCGCCAGUCGAGCAGGAGGGAGAGGAGGAGGCGGAGCAGGUCGGCGGCAGCGCGACUGGCUCGGCCACCGGGGCCGCGGAGGGCGCCGCCGAGGACGGCGAGGAGGCCGUGGAAAGGCUCGGUGGCGAGGAGGGCAGCGCGGCCGCAAGGACCAGCCAGGCGGGCUCUGCGGCGGCCAGCAACCAGAGCGGCGGCAGCGGCGCCAAGCCCCCCGCCGAGCAGGCCGAGGUCGGCUCAUCCGGGGCCACCGAGAGCGUGAGUGCAUCGAUCAGCUUAGGGGUCUCCAAGGAGGCGGCGCGCGCGGCGCGUGCAGCCCGUGCCUUUGUGUCCUCACAGGCGGAGCGCGGGUCCGCGGCGAGCGGCUUGCUGUCCGCGGCCACCAAGCGCUCCGAGACGGAGUCGAUUCGGGUGAGCUGCCAGGCCGCGGCCGCGCCACUCACUGCAGGCUUCUGAACGCUUCUCGGGUCGUUUAAAUGAGCUUAUUGUUUCUCUUCUGUUAACCAGUCUACAGUCACGUCCAUGAGUU